UCAAUUGGAUAUGCUUUUGUUGUAACAGAAUCAAUCUGUACUUGAGCAUCAAAAAUAUUUUAUUAAAAUUUAAUGCAGAAUUGUUAAUGUUUGUUAUUUGACUUUUAAUUUUAAGAUGUCUGAUGAACAAUUAGUUGGUUCUAUUGAUGAAGGCACUAGCAGUACACGUUUUAUAGUAUUUUCAUCGCUAACUUAUUUGCCGAUAGCUAGCCAUCAAUUAAAUAUAACUAACAUAUGCCCCAAAGAAAGAUGGGUUGAACAAGAUCCAGAUUAUAUUUUGUGUAAAAUCAAAGAAACAAUAAGAGUAACAUGUGAAAAACUAAAGUCGAUGAAUAUAUCACCCGAACGUAUUUCUACUAUAGGAAUUGCCAAUCAAAGAGAAACUGCUAUAGUUUGGGACAAGAAUACUGGCAAACCAUUGUACAACGCUAUAAUAUGGAUGGAUAUUAGAACUGAAGAAAUAGUUGAUCGAUUUUUACGCAAAGAGAUUCCUAAUUGUACAACAGUUAAUGAAAAAAAACGGUAUCUACAAUCAAAGUGUGGACUGACAAUGAAUCCAUACUUCAGCGUAUUUAAAAUAAUUUGGCUGAUAGAAAAUGUACCAGAAGUAGCUAAUGCUAUAAAAGAAAAAAGAUGUAUGUUUGGCACAAUGGAUUCUUGGAUAAUUUGGAAUCUCACUGGUGGUAUUAAUGGUGGUAUUUACAUAACAGAUGUUACAAAUGCCUCUCGGACAAUGCUGAUGAACAUUCAUACGUUGGAAUGGGAUCAAAGUUUAAUUGAGUUUUUUAAUUUACCUAAUGGAAUAUUAUUACCAGAAAUAAGAAGUUGUUCAGAAGUUUAUGGCUACAUAUUGGAUGGACCACUCAAUGGGAUAAAAAUAUCUGGGUGUGUAGGAGAUCAACAAGCAGCGUUAAUUGGCCAAAUGUGUUUCGAAGCUGGUCAAACUAAAAGUACAUUUGGUACUGGUUGUUUCUUGUUAUAUAAUACAGGCCACGAAGCAUUCAUUUCCACGCAUGGCUUAUUGACAACUGUCGCUUAUAAAUUAGGAAAAAAUGCCAAAGCAGUUUAUGCACUUGAAGGUUCUGUUGCCGUUGCUGGAUCUGCUUUAAAAUGGUUAAAAGACAUUUUGGGUAUUAUAAACGAUUAUGAUCGUUUAUCAAAAAUGAUGGACAGUGUACCCGAAACUAACGGAGUUCAUUUUGUUCCUGCUUUCUCUGGGCUAUAUGCUCCGUAUUGGAAAAGCGAUGCUCGAGGAACAAUUGUGGGUUUAACCCUUGAUACUACAGAUGCUCAUUUAGUCCGAGCAACCUUUGAAGGUGUCUGUUUCCAGACAAAAGAUGUAUUAGAAUCGAUGCAGCUGGAUACUAGGCAGCCAAUUACAGUCCUCAAAGUUGAUGGAGGUAUGUCUGUAGGCAAUGGUUUUUUGCAAAUUUUAGCAAACUUAUGCGGAACACCUGUUGUACGUCCAAAAAUGGUCGAAACUACUGCCAUGGGUGCAGCGUUGGCUGCUGGUUUUGCAAUUGGCAUUUGGGAUGUGCACAACAUCAAAUCAGCACCUGUAUCCGAUACUUUUACUUCAACUAUAUCUACACAAGAACAACUAUUGAAAUAUAAUGAUUGGAAAAAAGCUAUUUCUCUAAGUAUAGGAUGGCAUAACGACGAAUCCGAUGGAGAUUCUGAAUAAUUAAGAACAUUAUUUUUAUUUUAAUAGUUUAAAAUUAGUAACUAUUAAAUAGAUGUUGAAAGUGAUUUGAAGUGUUAAUGAUUUGAAUUAAAUCGAUAAAUUGAUAAGAAACAAUCAUUCGUUUUUCUUAUUAUCUUCGAUGCAGAGCCGAUUAUGUCUUGUAUUUUUUUUUGUUUUAACCAUUUAGUAGGACAUUUGCAACUAAACGACUUGUCCUCCCACAGCACCAACAGAUAAUGGAUGUAUAAAGCAUAAUCUAUGAACAAUAUAUAGAUGUAACUUAUUGACAUCUAUAAUAUCCAGUAGAUAUAUUAAUAUUUACGCAUAUUUUUUCCUGUCCACA